AUGAACCAGGCAGACUUCUUGCAAGAGCUUCCACAUGUAUAUAAACGGUUAGAAUCUGGGCUUAUUAUACCCCAGCUAAAGGAUAUUUUACGAGUAUUUGGAUUACGGCUGUCAGGCACAAAACCUGAACUUAUUGCUCGAAUCAAAGAGUUUGUCGAGAAAAUCGCUAUUAAUAAUGACAUGAACACGUGGAAUUCACUAAAAAAAGCAGUUGAUGGAGACAUUGCUGGUGCUAUUUGUACAUUACAAUCUAAUCUCUCGCAAAUUUAUCCUCAGACUUUGGCCGUCCCACCUCCUGUAAAUAACCCUGGUAAUAGAUCAUAUACUAGGCCGUUCGCUCCCGUUGUCCAUUCUCGAAUUCGUUUCCGGAAAACUCCAUUCUACGAUAUACUGGAACCGUUUAAUACCCCUUUUACAAUACCAGCAUGCGUCGGUGCCCGUAAUACAGUAUCAUUUUCUUUUCAAUUGACACCGAUGGCUCUUUCAAAAUUGUUAAGUAACCCGAAGGAAUUUCGAGUGUACUUUUUCUCGACCCCAACAGAUACCAUUGGUUUCGGUGAAUGUUUAAUGGAGUAUCCUACUCCUCAAAUGGAGCUUCGUGCCAAUAAUCAAGUCGCACAUGCAAACUAUCGUGGCUUGAAAGGAAGAAGUGGCACUACAAACCCAGCUGACAUAACUGACUAUAUAACCAAAUAUGCUGGUCCUCCAGGAAAUAAUGUUGUUAUAUAUUACAUGAAUGCCACGAAAAGGUACUCUGCUGUUGUUUCUCUCGUGAAGAUGUAUUCUGUUGAUCAAUUGGUCGAUGAUGUCAAAAAUCGAAAAAUCGAGACGAAAGAAAAGAUUGUGGAUCGUAUAAAAAGUGAAAAUGAAGAUACCGAUAUCAUCGCAACUUCGACAGAUAUUUCUUUAAAAUGCCCGCUGUCGUUUACUAGAAUUUCUCUACCAGUAAGAUCUAGUUUUUGCAAACAUAUUCAGUGCUUUGAUGCUAGAGCAUUUCUAGAAAUGAAUCAGCAAACCCCUUCAUGGAUGUGUCCUGUGUGUAAUAUACUUGUUCGUUAUCCCGAUUUGGUUGUUGAUGGGUUCAUGCAACAUAUUUUGGAGAACAGUCCCAGCAACUCUGAAACAAUUACUGUUGAUCCUGUUGGAAAUUGGAGUAUGAAUACGUUUGAUGAAGAAAGUGAAAGUUCUGAAGAAGAAAACUUGCCAAAAGAACAGAUUAUAGAACUAAGCGACGAAGAGCGAAAUGCUACACCUGCAAAUCCUGGUGAACCUUCGAAUGCACCAAAACGCAAGGCUUCACCUCCCCCUGCUAGCUCGACAAAUAAGAAGAAACGAGAAUCUUUGGUAAUUGAUCUCACUAUCUCUGAUGAUGAAGAACCCGUAGCUAUAACGUCUCCUCCUAAAUCAACCAAGAACGAGACUGAUAAGUCUUUUUCAAAGCCAGCAUCACCAAGCCCUGUUCAGAGAAGUGCUCAGGCAUCAUCAUCCACUUCAUCAGAAAACUUGCUGCUACCGAAAAAUACUACGAAUGGUAUUUCUCAACGAUCAACACCAUCAAGCACCACCACGGUUCCCUCCACUACAUCGACUUCCCAGAGAUCCUUUAGUAACUAUGAACCUAAUUACGCACCUGGAAGAAAUGCAUAUUCCAGCAAACGUCCGACAGAAUCAUUUCAAAGUUCUAGAGGGAUAAGUUUUCCUCCUGUCAACACUCCUCCUCCCAGACGUGAUUACCGUUUAGGGAGUUUACCGGUUGAUGACAGUCAGGCCUUAUAUCACCCUUCCAUGUCAUCAAGGUCUUCAGCGCAUACUAAUACGCCAGGAGUCCAAACGUCCACUACUAGCGACCCUGCAAAUUUGCUUAUCAAUGACUUAGUACUGCCUCCAAUGGUGGUGGGUCGUACUAACAGCUCACCAUCUAUCAGGUCAAAUACUAGGGAACCGCAACUAUCAAACAGUUAUACACCAAAUCAACAAAUGCUAUACAAUAAUAUUCCGACCCGGCCACCCUUCACGAUUCCGGAGUCAGAUCGUGAUCUGCUUAGCUAUGAUGAUUUACGAAGGAGGCCAGUGCUAAGCUUACCUCGAAUACAGGAAACUCAACAGAGAAGACCCCCGCAGACGGCUGGACCACUGUGGAAUGAAGAGGAAGAUAACCGAAUUAACUGGGAUUCAGAAUUUCAUACUACAUACCCGUUUAAUAAUCCUACUUAA